UGCAAUCAUGGCGGACCUGCAGAUGAAGCUUCUUCGGAAGAAAAUUCAGAAGAGAAAUGAAAAGAACAAAGAACGCAAACUGCGUCAGAAGCAGAGAGAGGAGGACGAGAAUGAAUCUAAAACAUUUAGUGAAGAAUGUGAGACCAAUGAUGAAACCUUAGCUGCAGAUCCAGUGCGGGAGGAGCCUGAAGAAAAUGAGAAGAGUGAAUCCACUGAUGGGAACACUGUUACACCGAACAGCAGCAAGAAGAAGAAAAAGAAAAAAAGGAAACUUGAUGAAGCAGGGGACGCCACGGCCAGUAAUGUUAAAAAAGUCAAACGGGGGAACAGUCACACAGUGGAGUCUGCCGACGACGUAGAUGACCAAGAAAAUGAGACACAUGAGGAUGAAGAGCAGAAUGGUGAGGAAGAUGCAGACGAGGAAGAUGAACCGCAGCUACCUCAUGGACUAACAGGAGCUUUUGAGGAUUGUUCGUUCGCAUCACUGACCGAGCUUGUGAGUGAAAAUACUCUCAAGGGUGUUAAGGAGAUGGGCUUCGAGAACAUGACUGAGAUCCAGCACAAAACUAUACGCCCUCUGCUGGAGGGAAGAGACGUACUUGCAGCUGCUAAAACAGGCAGCGGAAAAACUCUGGCCUUCCUCAUUCCUUCCAUUGAACUUAUCUACAAGCUGAAAUUCAUGCCUAGAAAUGGAACUGGAGUGGUGAUUUUGUCCCCAACCCGUGAGUUGGCCAUGCAGACGUAUGGUGUGAUAAAAGAGCUCAUGACGCAUCACGUGCACACAUAUGGUCUGAUUAUGGGUGGCAGCAACCGCUCUGCUGAAGCCCAGAAACUUGGUAAUGGUGUCAACAUCAUGGUGGCUACACCUGGCAGACUGCUCGACCACCUACAGAACACACCUGGCUUCAUGUACAAGAACCUCCAGUGUCUCAUUAUUGAUGAAGCAGACAGAAUUCUGGAGGUUGGGUUUGAGGAGGAACUUAAACAGAUCAUCAAACUGCUGCCGAAGAAAAGGCAGACCAUGUUGUUCUCAGCUACACAGACGAGGAAGGUAGAGGAUCUGGCUCGGAUCUCUCUGAAGAAAGAGCCCCUGUAUGUGGGAGUGGAUGAUAAUAAAGACACAGCUACUGUGGAAGGACUGGAACAGGGAUAUGUGGUGUGUCCUUCUGAGAAGCGCUUUUUGUUGCUAUUUACAUUCCUGAAGAAGAACCGUAAGAAGAAGCUGAUGGUGUUUUUCUCUUCCUGCAUGUCGGUGAAGUUUCACUAUGAGCUGCUCAAUUACAUCGACCUGCCAGUUAUGGCCAUCCAUGGCAAGCAGAAGCAGACAAAGAGAACGACCACGUUUUUUCAGUUCUGUAAUGCGGACUCUGGCAUCUUGCUCUGCACUGAUGUUGCUGCCAGAGGACUGGACAUCCCCGAGGUGGACUGGAUUGUCCAGUACGACCCGCCAGAUGACCCAAAGGAGUACAUUCACCGUGUGGGUCGAACUGCUCGAGGUAUUAAUGGUAUAGGCCAUGCGCUCCUCAUCCUUCGACCUGAAGAGCUCGGCUUUCUACGUUUUCUCAAACAGGCCAAGGUCCCAUUGAGUGAGUUUGAAUUCUCUUGGACUAAGAUCUCAGAUAUUCAGUCACAGUUGGAGAAGCUAAUCGAGAAGAAUUACUAUCUCCACAAGUCUGCCCAGGAGGCCUACAAGUCGUACGUGAGGGCGUAUGAUUCACAUUCUCUCAAACAGAUCUACAGUGUACAGACGUUAAACCUCCAACAGGUGGCGCUGUCCUUCGGCUUCAAAGUUCCGCCUUAUGUUGACCUCAAUGUACACAGCAGUAAAGGUGGGAAGCUGCAGAAGAGGGGAGGAGGUGGCGGAUUCGGCUACCAGAAAUCGAAGAACGUGAACAAAGCCAAGAUCUUUAAGCAUGUGAACAAGAGCAAGGGAGAUCGUAGACAGUUCUCCCGCUGAACUUUCCAACCCCCCUUUUCUCCCUGCAAUGUUAAAGCUUCAGAAUGCAAGAGUCUCUUUACAGCAAGAUGGAUGUUUAUGCACACAUUUGUCUAUGUUUAGAGUAGUUCAUCUUUUGGACUUGAUCUAAUGCUGUUUUGAAUUGAACAUUAUAGAGAAACUUUCCUGCUACAUGUUUAUGUAUGUUUAAAUGAAACAUGAAUUUUUCCUAAUUGUCCUUUGUACUGCUGGACUGACAGUUCUAUUAAAAAAUACUCACAAACUU